AUGACAUCCUUCAGAAACUUUGCUGGUUGGGAGUAUAAACUAUUUCCACCAUGGAAAUUUCACCUUGAAAAUAACCCAAUCAUUGAUUCUGAUUUAUAUUUACUUCAUCUUCAGUUCCUUUUGAAGGAGCACAAGCUAAGGGAAAAAGGUUUACAUAAUUGGCAAAAAGUUUGUUAUGUACCAACAAAGGCAGAUGCACUUGUGGUUGGUUUUAGAAGAUGGUUGAUCAAAUAUGAAGGUGCUCAAGUUGAUUGGGGCACAAAAUUUACUGGUGACUUGCAACCAACUCCUUCCAGGGAACAACUUUUGGACACUUGUAGCAAAGCAUAUAAAAGUCUAAAUGCCCUUGAAAUCAUUUUGCAAAUUAUCUCUAUUGCUUCAAGUGGAAUUGCUGCUGUAGCAAAGGAGAGUGUCAUGUCAAUUGUUGCAAGAUAUUCUUUGGUCUUCUUGGCAUUAUUAUGCUUCAUGGCUUCAAGAUGGUUAUCCAAAUUUAUACAGAAGUUUUCAUUUCCAUGA